AUGAGGGAGUUGCUAUGGUCUGUUUUAUUAACAAUUGCCAACACUACUACGAUACCUGACAUAACACCUACCUCUAAUAAAGACAUUCCGAAUGUUACAAGCACACCAAAAGAACGAAUCUAUUUGCCGAAGUGGAGCGAUCUAGACACUCGUCCUUUGCCCCAUUGGUACGAUUCAGCUAAGAUUGGCAUUAUCAUCCAUUGGGGAGUAUACUCUGUGCCAAGUUUUAAAGGCGAAUGGUUCUGGAACCAGUGGAUUGAGCGUGAUCCAGAAAUUGUUGCUUUUGUGCAGAAAAAUUAUGGUGCUCGUUUCCGUUAUAAAGACCUCUCACGAUAUUUUACAGCUAACUUGUUUAAACCUAGUGAGUGGGCAAAGCUGUUUGCUAAAUCUGGAGCUAAAUACGUGGUUCUCACUACCAAACAUCACGACGGGUUCGCCUUGUUUCCAUCUCAGCGUCGUUAUUGGAAUUCUAUGGACGUGGGACCAAGAAAAGACAUUGUACAAGUUCUUUCAAAAUCAAUUAGAAAACAUAAUAUGAAAUUUGGUGUCUAUUAUUCUUUAUACGAAUGGUAUAACAAAUUCUUCUUGGAUGAUAAAUAUAGUGGUUUCGUGACUACAAAUUACACCGAUGAAGUGGUCUGGCCAGAUAUUAAAUAUUUAGUUAAAAAGUACAGGCCAUCAGUACUGUGGUGCGAUGGAAGCUGGGACGCAAAUUAUACUUACUGGAGGACUCCAGAGCUGUUAGCCUGGCUCUACAAUAAAAGUCCUGUUAAAGAUGACAUUGUAGUCAAUGAUAGAUUAGGUACGGACUGCGAUUGUCGCCACGGAGACUUCUACAAUUGUAAGGACAGAUACAAUCCCAACUUGUCGGUCAUAACAAAUAAAUGGGAAAAUGCUUUAUCUUUAGAUAAAUUUUCGUGGGGUUUUCGAAGGGAAAUGAGACCCGUAGACGUUUAUAGUGACGAUGAAUUGAUGGAAACAAUUGUGUCCACGGUGAGCUGUGCAGGAAACAUCUUGAUUAACGUUGGACCAACAAAAGAGGGAACUAUACCAUCAAUAUUUCAAGAGCGACUUCUUCACUUAGGACAAUGGCUAGAAAUAAAUGGCGAGGCAAUCUACAAUACGUCGCCCUGGUACUACCAAAGAGACAGCCUAAAUUCAGACGUUUGGUACACUUGCAGAAAGAAAGAAUACCAACCACUGCGUCCAUCGAAAAAACCACUUGAAACAGAUAUAAUUAAUGCUGUUUAUGCAAUAUUCUUGAAAUGGCCUGCCGAUGACAAAUUGAGGAUAAAAGAUUUAAGUUUGUAUAUAAGAAAUCAAUAUGACACAAGCGAAUUAAUUGCAAUGUUAAAACUCAAUAAAUACAAGGCAUUAAAAGGAGAAGAUCCAAGAGCAAGACCAAUACAACACUUCGAUGACGAGUUGCUUCCCAAAAUAACUGAAGACGAAGUUGGCUUUGCACUUAGCCGAAUGAAACGAGGCAAAGCUCCUGGUGAUGAUGGAGUACAAGGAGACACCAUUUCUCCCAAACUCUUCACAAGUGUCCUGGAAGACGUAAUGAAGACACUCAAUUGGGAUGAGAGAGGUGUUAACGUCAAUGGUCGCCGCAUAUCGCAUUUACGUUUCGCAGACAACCUGAUUUUCAUGGCUAGGAACUCCGCUGAUGUCCAGACUAUGCUCCAAGACCUGCACGAGGCUUCACUAGCUAUCGGCCUAGAGAUGUCACACACAACAACAAGUACCAAGUCCAAAACCAAGAUCAUGUCCAACUGUCCGGGCCUACAACCCACCAUCUUCUUCGAAAACACCCGGCUAGAUGUAGUAGACGAGUACAUUUAUCUUGGAUACUGUUUAUCUUUUGGCCGAUCUUCCCAAGACAAGGAGAUCGCAAGAAAGAUUAAGUUGGAUGUGCCGCGUUUGGAAAACCGAAGGACGUCUUUAAAUCCCUCAAACCCUGAAAACUAA